CCAUUAUUCAAUUUUUUUAUAGAAUUUAUCAAAUUUGUCAUUUUAUAUUCCUUGUUAUUAGAAGAAAGCAGACGAAGAAAGAGAUGAUAAGAUGAGAUGGCAACGCUUACUAGCCUGAUCCUAAUUUUGUUAAGCGUGUCGCUGUUUCACUCGAAUAACGUCACGCAGGCGUAUAAAAUUCUUCUCUCAGUGCCCGUGUCAUGCAGGUCUCUCCACAACCUAUUCACAUCGGUGGCUCUAAGUCUUGCAUUAGCCAACCACAACGUCACCCUCAUCUCCAGUUUUCCCGCCUCAGCCCAACAUGAUAAUUUACAUUAUGUUUACGCCUUGGGUGAAAAGAAAUAUCCAACCGACAAUAUUUUCGAGGCACAAAGGCAAGUGGAUGCUUUCACGAUACUCCUGAACGCGGCACUCUUCGUGGGUGAAAACAUGUGGCGUAACGCUGAAGUCUUGGCAUUGUGGCGAGAUCGUCAUAGUUUUGACGCGGUAAUAAGUCCAUCGUACAUCAAUGAAGUUAACCUACCUUUCUUAAUUAACUAUACUGGCAAUUUCUUCUUGAUUUGCACCCCAGGAAUCGAAUAUUUUGCUAUACGCAACGCCGGAAACUGGUUGUCACCGGCUGUAGUGCCUUACAUCCUCCUGCCCUACGAUGAGAACAUGACGUUCCUCGAGCGAGUCGUGAACGUCGUCACUCUGGUGGUCUCGCGCUAUGCUAUACCCUACUUCUUUUUCAGCAAGCAAGAGGAGCUACUUAGGAAGUUUUUCCCUGAAUUCGGUGACGUUUUAGAAUACUAUGACCGAGUUUCGUUGACGCUCAUCAACGGUCACCCUGCACUGGACAACCCAGUGCCCCUGCUGCCCAGUCAGGUCUACAUCGGCACCAUCAACGCACAUCUCCCACGACCCUUACCCAUGGACCUGGAGCAAGUUAUGCAGAGCAGCGGGGACGCCGGCGUCAUCUACUUCAGCAUCGGCAGCGUUGCUGUCAGUAAGGACAUCCCCGCCAGAGCGAAGGCGGCAUUUCUGGAGGCGUUUGCGCGUGUGCCGCAGAAGGUGCUGUGGAAGUACGAAGGUGACGACUUGAAGCUGCCCGACAACGUCGUUACGAGAUCCUGGCUGCCGCAACAAGACAUACUGGGUCAUCCCAAAACGCGCCUGUUCAUUUCCCACUGCGGAAAUUUGGGUACUCAGGAAGCGAAGUACCACGGAGUACCUAUUUUGGCGGUACCUGUGGCAUUUGACCAGCCUCGGAACGCGGCCAGGAUGGUACAGAAAGGCUUGGCGCUAGCAUUAGACUGGCACACUCUCACUGCAGACGACAUAGUCUCGGCUAUAGACGAGCUUGUCAACAACACCUCGUAUUCCGAACGCAUUCAGAAUUUAUCAGCAAUACUGAAGGACCAGAUGGAGACACCUCAGAGGCGCGCGGUGUGGCACAUCGAGCACUUCAUUAAGAACCAAGGAGCGCCUCACCUUCACUAUCCGGGGAAGAACCUGCACUUCUUGCAGUACAUUUGUCUCGACGUCGUCCUUUUCCUCUUGCUUCUCUUAUACAUCGUUUGUCGGCUCUCUGCAUACUUCCUUCGUGCCAUUGGACGCAGAGUUUUUCGUAUAAAUAAGAGAAAGUUAAAGACACGCUAAGUUGAUCCUACAAGAAAAUUUAACGAUUCUAUGAGCUCAAUCCUCGAACUGAGGGAAAGAACGGUAGUGUUUAAGACGACUAAUUUAAAUCCCGAAGAGUGGUUAAUUUAUCCUGGAACUAAAACUCACAAAUCAAAUUUCAUUCGUGUAAAAAAUGUUAGAAAUUAACAAUUUUCCCUUUCCCUUGGUUUUUUCUCGACAUUAUACCAACGCUAAAGAGUGAGCACAAAAACAUUAUUAUUGUGCGAUCAGUGCCACAGUGUCCAGUGUCCAAAAUAAAUCGGCAACCCGGUAAAUUUUGUAGUUUCCUGUGGGCAUGUUUACUAACAGCAUCACGAUUUUCCUUUCCGUAAGGCGGUAUAACCAUGGUUGAACUAAUAUUAGUUCUAAUAUUAGUUCAACCAUGGGUAUAACUAUUGAGUGUUUUUCUCCACAGUAAACAAACAUUGUAUCUUUUUCUCAUUAACUACACACUUUGUGUUUAUUCAUACAUUUUAGAACGUUCAUCUACGACACCUCUCACUUAAACGAUUCGACACAUUCUUACAAAAAUUAGUCUUGGAAUCAGUGUUAUUCAAUCAAGCACUUCCCUUCCAUUUCUAUGUAAAAAUUCCUCCCUAUCGAUAAAAAAAUACAGUUCUAA